AUGGAGGAACUGGGAUUCGUUGUACCAACGCCCGUACAACGGCAAGCUCUGCCGACGCUGUUCUCGGGCCGCGAUUGUAUUCUUCACGCGCAGACAGGUUCUGGGAAGACGCUGACAUACCUGCUUUUGGUGUUUUCUAUUGUGAACGCUCGAAGAUCAGCUGUUCAAGCUCUCAUUGUGGUGCCCACUAGGGAACUUGGCAUGCAAGUUACAAAGGUUGCUCGGAUGUUGGCUACGAAGCCUAAGGAAGACGAAUUGGAGCAGAAAUCCUGUACUGUUAUGGCUCUUUUAGAUGGAGGAAUGUUGAUGAGGCACAAGAGUUGGUUAAAGGCGGAGCCCCCUACUAUUGUGGUGGCAACGAUUGGGAGUUUGUGCCAAAUGCUUGAGAAGCAUAUGAUUAAGCUUGAAGCAAUGCGAGUGCUGGUAAUUGAUGAGGUUGAUUUCAUGUUCAGUUCCAAACAAGUCAGUUCUCUUCGGAAGCUUUUGACUUCCUAUUCGUCAAUCAAUACCCGUCAGACGGUUUUUGCCAGUGCUUCCAUUCCUCAGCACAAAAUCUUUUUAGAUAAGUGUAUACAGCAGAAAUGGACCAAGAAUGAUGCAAUUCAUGUCCAUGUCAAUCCAGUUGAGCCUAUGCCAUCAUGUUUACAUCAUAGAUUUGUGAUAUGCCUAAAAAACAGAAGGCAUGAGACCUUGUUGUCCUUGUUACAGUCUGAUGCACCACAGUCUGCUAUUGUUUUUGUUGGUGAGCAGUCUGAGAAGUCAAAAAAGGCUGGAAAUGCUCCGUCAGCAACUCUAUUAAUUAAUUUCUUGAAGGCUUCAUAUGAGGGAUAUUCAGACAUCCUUCUUUUGGAAGAAGACAUGAAUUUCAAUUCACGAGCAGCUUCUCUGUCUGAAGUGAGACAAGGAGGCAGCUAUCUUCUUGUAUCAACAGAUAUAGCAGCCAGAGGGCUUGACUUGCCAGAAACUACUCAUAUAUACAACUAUGAUCUGCCAAGAACUGCUAUUGAUUAUCUUCAUCGAGCUGGAAGAACAGGUAGAAAACCGUUUUCAGACAAGAAAUGCUCUGUUACAAGCAUUAUAAUCUCAAAGGAGCGGUUUGUUUUGGAAAAAUAUGAAAACGAAUUGAUGUUUAACUGCGAAGAGCUAAUUGUGUAG